AUGGAGGGGUUGACCUUGAUAGAUGGUUACCACAUCGGGAUUAAACUAGACACAGGUUAUGGUACCAACAUAAGCUACCUAACCUACGGGACACAGUACGAGACUGAAGUAAAUGCUGAAGGGGUACCAUACGGCCUGGAACUCCACCAUGCCGCCGGAAACUUUCGCACGAACGCCUAUUCCUGUAAAACAACCCGCAACGGGUUAACACGUGAAGUCAUCGGGUUUGUUAUGUUACAGGAAGCUUACUAUAGACCCAAGGCGUUCACAGUUACCGUGAACAUCAACGGAAACGCGACGCUGGAGAUGUUCCCGGCUAACGCGCCCCCUGGCGGCCAUGACGGUUCGACAGAAUGGAGGAAGGAUGGCACAGUCUUGCCGGGAGUCGACAAUGACUGCACACGUACCAUAUCCAACGUUCAGAUGUCGGACGAAGGUUUGUACGAGUGCUACUUGACUGGCAGGUACAGUGAGAGCAAACAGGGCAUCGUGAGGCUCAUCGUUAGAGAAUGCCCAAAGGGACAAUGGGGACCUCCAAGUUGCACCGGGGACUGUGUGGAGUGUAACUGGCAAGGCGUCUGUGAUGACCAGACCGGACAAUGUAUCUGUUACCCGGGAUACGGUGGACUGAACUGCAAUUUAGCCUGCCCCGAUGGUUACUAUGGGGACUCCUGCAUCGGCAGAUGUCAACACCUCUGCUCCUCUGAACUGGUCUGUGGUCCGGACCCGUUAGGAUGUAGAUGCUACCGCGGCUUUAAGCAUUCCCCUUCAAGCUUCGACCCCUGCUCUGAUCACAUAGACGAGUGCAGUGUAGGGACGGACAACUGCGAGCAGAUCUGCAUCAACAAUCCCGGAAGCUUUACAUGUUCGUGCAACGUGGGGUACAAGCUGUCAAGCAACGGAUGGGAUUGUAUUGGAGACAUAGAAUCUACCACAUGGACUGUAGAUGGUGUUAUCACGCCGGAUGUGUUCACUCUACCGGAAGGAGUGUACAGCAUCGCCGGAAGUGCCCGCAACGAACAUUCCAAUCAAACGAGGCAGCUGUCAAUCAAAGUUGUAGAGUGCAUCCACGGGGUGCAUCUCUUUCACGUGGGAACAGAAGGACAGCUACCGGACACAGUGUCCCCGCCAACCGGCUACGCCGUGUGCCAGUACCCGGCCAGGUUCAUCGUCCUCGUCCAACAACUCGGCUCCAACGCCUCGUACAUCGUCAAUAUCUCGGACAGCAUCAGCUUCGAGAUCCCAACUUUCGUCAAUUACAGUCAAGCAGGCAACAUGACUUUCUAUGAACACCUUGUACCAUACAACAUGUCGGACUACCAGCUGUACACUUUUACACACACGUAUCCUGACAAAGAAAUAUCUAAUGUGACAGUACAGGCAGAGAACGUGGUGUCAGCUGCUGUUUCAUCUGUAUCUAUGACAGCACAGUGUCCUAUAACGAGUAUCUACGUUCCCGAGGAGGGCUUUGCGACGUAUCCAGAACCUGUGGUGUUAGACAUCUACUUGCUGGACAGUCAGUUGCCAACGGAUUUGUACUAUCACGUGUCUUAUGGUGAUGGCUUCAGUGACACGGCGGUGUACAUCGGGGAUGAGUACGGCCCCAGUCAUCCCAGGUUUGCCGUGACACACUUAUACAUCCCCGGGUCCUACGUGUGUUACAUCACGGUGUACAAUGUGGUUAGCUCGAUGGCGGGUACAACAUACGUGACGCAGGACUUCCAGUUCUUCCCCAUGAAUAUCACGGCGUACUCCAAGUUUUCCCAGGUAGAAAACGGCCAAGUUCUGUAUCAAGGAGUAUAUAGAGAAGGACAGGGUCCCUACGGGAGCGUGUUCCCAGGACCGCCCCUCCUCAUGCCAGUGGAGUUUGAGUACGAAGUUCCACAGGGGACAAAAGACGACGUGCUGCAAUCCUCGUGGUAUGUGAACGACGUGUUGAUACCGGACACCAUGAACCUGUCCUACACGUUUCCUCAGAUCGGGUCAUUUCUGGUGGAUGCCGUAGCCAUCAACAUGUAUUCCUACAUGGUGGGUGAAUUCCAGGUGGACAUAUACGAAACAAUAACGGACCUUUUCAUCGCCAAUAAUGGCCCGGUGUAUAUUGGAGACCCCGUGUAUUUCGGCGUGUUCGCUAAAACUCCGGGAACAGCUAGUACUUACGUGUUACAGUUAUUUGAGGGAGACCCGAGUCCGGUCACCAUAGAUUCACCGAUCAAGAACGACACCCUACUGUCAGAAGUUGAGCAGAUUUUCCAAGCGGUUAACGUUCCCUUCAGCUUCUCAGACAUGCACAUGACGGUUUACUCCUUCCUGUAUCCCUCCGCCGGCACAUACCACGUCAGGCUCGAUGCGAGCAACGCCAUUUCUACUGGCUUUGCCGAAACCUCCGCGACUGUUCAGUUAAUCCCUUGUUUCAAGCCGGUUGUCAACAUCAACGAUGGAGGAACUAGCUCACCUGAGCAUCCAGCACCUUACAGAAGGGACCAAGACAUCGUUUUAUUCGUCAACAUCCAACUUAACUGUCCAGGCGUCAAACAAAGGACAUAUGAGUGGAAAGCCUACGAAAUGACAGAAUUGCAAACAAUUCCGCAACCUGCCAACGAAAUCCAGCUCGAUAUUAACAUGGCUAACGGGACUAACCAGAUCAUUUUGCCGAGGCACACCAUUGGUUAUGGGCGGUACAUCCUGUCGUUUCGCCUGACGGAAAUAAAGCUGGAGAUUCACGAAGGGCACGACACGGAACCGGAGAUCACUAACUCAGACUACACGUGGUUCGAGGUGGUGGAGACUCCCCUGAACUGUGGUCAGUACUUGAACCCGUCGGAGCGGCUGGUUCUGACCGGCAGAUGUAUGGACUGUACCCCUGAAACCCGCCCCACGUACCUCUGGAGCCUCCUACCGCAGCCGGAGAACAGUAAACAGGAUCUAGACUGGAACAAAGAAACCCUCACGGGCAGGGAAAAGGGGUUUCUGUCUGUACAGGCGGACACGUUCAAGGUCACAGAUGUAGCGGAGACAUUCACCUUUCGAAUCGAUGUUUUCAGCUGGAGUGGGACGUCUGCCUUCGCCCUGUACAGCUUCACCACCAACGCCCCUCCGAUCCUGGGAACGUGCGCGGUCCUUCCGGAUACUGGGACCGUGAUGGAGACGUUGUUCCAAGUCAAAUGUUCCGGAUUCAUGGACGACAACGUGCCUUUGACGUACCGUUUCUUUGCCUUCAUUGGGGAAGAGACAUCUGGAACCGGAGAAACGUCACAGGGUAAGAGAAGAGGUGUUUCUUCCACUAAACGAGACUUUAUUUUGUGA